UGAUUGAUUGAUUUUAUGUAUACUGUACACGUUGAACAAUGGGAAUGCCUUUUCACAACAAUGAGCGAUACAAGCAGAACGUAAAACUUGAAAGCCAAUCGAUGUCAGGGGAUUCACACCUGAAAAAUCAAACUUUUUGUAUGGAAGUGACAUUAUGGAUAUAGUGAAACAUAUUGCGGAAAAGAUGGUGUAGACAGGACUGAGCAGACUGACUCCAACUUGAAGCUACCCCCAAUCCCUGUCAUGAUGCCUGUCUCUCAGCUCGCUACCAGCUCCGUUAAGAUCAUGAAACAUCCACCUACAACCACAGAGAACUUUGAGUUCAACAUCGGUCAAUCAUCAGACCUGCGCUGUCUGGCAUCCAAAGGCACUACGACCUGUACCCGUUGCGAGUCAUGCGUGGUCCGCACCAGACUUCUAGAAACCAGGCAGUGGUUCCCUCGGGCCGGGGAGAAAUCAAAGAAGAAAUUUGUCUUGGGGCUUGUACGUCGUUUUGACAGUGCGAACCUGUUCUCGUACAUUGUCCGCAUUCUCAAACCACUAUGCGGGAAGGACUACCUAUACUCCCGAUCCAGGGCCAACCCGGGGCUUGUGGGUGAUCACGUUGAUGCAGGCUGUGAUCGUGCAUUAAAGGAGCAGGUGAUGGAGACGAUGAUGUCUGAUACAUUGAGAUGGUUUGCAAGUGCUCCUUACUGGAGUAAGUCUAACUUUGCCCUUGGUGUGCUGCAGACGUGCAACGGAGAGCUGGUACAUGCCGUCUGCAAGCUAUCACAGACGAUGCUCAUCAAUGAACAGCAGAAACAGAUCCGUAGGAACAAAGAUGUUGACUAUGAAAAUGAGUCAUUAGCAGACACUGUGUUCUCCUACAAGUCCUAUGAGCAUCCUGACCACAAUCUCCUACGUGCCGCCUCCUCUGCGUACUCUCAUCCCAUCAGCCCCUUUCCCCGGGAGGAGAACAGCUCCCUCGCCCCUGAUCACAUCACCGUGGAGGAUGAGUCUGAGCCGGGAGACAUCAGCAGCAGCAUCUCUUGCUCGGCCAGCCUCGUCUCCCUGGAUCCUACCUGCGUGGUGCUCCCCGCCAUGGGUAAAGCUCUAUCAGGGAUCAGACAGAAUGUGGAUUUUGUCAGGGAGCUGCCGGUCCACCUCUCCAAGUACAUCCUGAGCUUCCUGGACUACGAGGACUUAAUGCACUGCGGCAGAGUGAGCCCUCACUGGUGUUAUAUCUCCAAGGAGGUGGAGGAAGACAUGAAGCUGAGGCAGAUCGUAUGGGAAGAGGUCAUGCUCAUGCAGGGCUCAUCAGCUAAAGGAGGGAACCCCAUGUUUGCCAAGCAUGUAGACAUUGCAGUCCCUCGCUUGGCGGGGGAUUCCUACGACGUCCUCCUAGCGGACGUACCUCCGGAGGAGAUGAACUUCAAGAGUGAUAUCAACCAGGAGGCAUCCUACAGCGGUGUUGUUACUCGAGAUGUGGCAAUGGAGGAAAGGAAUAUCUACUGUGGGGCUUACAAUGUCAUGGUGCUUAGUGACCAAGAGGACAUCAACAGGGUGGUCAAUUACAACUUUGGUCAGUUAGUGGCCAUUGGAUCAUUUGACCGUCAUGUGAGAUUCAUUGAUUGUAUCAGUGGUCAAGAGACUGGUCCUAUUAUCACUGGACAUGCAGGCUCCAUCAAGUCACUCUAUAUCAAUGAAGCUAGAGGGUUUGUCAUGAGUGGGAGCUAUGAUACCAGUAUCAGGUGUUGGGACAUCGUGAGUGGUCGUCCUGUGAAGAUCUUUCAUGGCCAUAUAGGAACUAUCCUGUGUUUAGACAUGUACGAGAACACCUUAGUAUCAGGAAGCAAGGACAACCAGGUCAAAGUGUGGAACUUUGAGACAGGGAAGUGUUGGCGUACCUUCAAGCAUCGCUAUCAGAUCAAUGCAGUGUCUGUCCAUAAAGACACGGUGGUCAGCGGGUGUGAGGAAGGCAAGGUCAAGGUCUGGAGCAUCAAGGAUGCUUGUCUCUUAAAGGUACUGUACCAGUCGCCGAAGCAUCUGAACCGCCUUGGUCUCCCCGAUCCUAACACUCACCAGGGUCCCAUCACCAGCGUGAAGGUUGAUGAUUGGCAUAUCAUCUCAGGCAGUAUGGACGGCUAUGUCCUGGUGUGGAGUGCCAUAGGAAACCAUGAUAGAUGCAUUAAUGCUAUAAGACACCCAAAUCCAGUUCUCUGUAUCCACAUGGCCUACCUACGUCUGGUAACAGGAUGUGAAGAUGGUAAGCUGAGGAUCUGGAACAUGUUUACAGGAGACUGUCUCAGGGUCAUGAGAGGCAACAGUCGCUCUGAUCCCAUCGUCGCCAUCAACCCUUGUGGGGAAAGGUUGUUGCUUCAAACCAUCACCAACCUUCUGAUGCUUUGCUUUGAAGAAGUUGAGUGGAACUAUGAUCAAAAUGAGAAGAUUGAGCUCCUAAGAUACAAGAACCAUUAUGGGGAUGCUCCUCUACGGCAGCAAAACUAUUCCUUAGUUCGUGCACAACGAAGCCAGCUAGCUCAAUCAGCAAAUCCCAAAAUCAUUGCACACACCAAUGCUCAGACGGACAAGGGCAAGACGAACUUAACUCAUAGCACAAGAUUUCUGAGCAACAGAAGUUUGCAGAGUGCCAAAAAGACCCAGGAAGUGUGUGUUAAUGUCACCCUGACACAGAAUAUGAAGGGCCCUCUGUAUCAUAAUGUCCAAGGUCUUCGAUCUGGAAACAUUGAUGCCCAGACAGAUCUGGGCCUAGUUGAAAUGAAGGGACAGACGUCCACGUACAGGGUGAAUUCCCGCCCACCAACCGGACGUUCAAGGUGCAAGUCUAGCUUAUCGACUAGCAAGGGGUCUUCAGAGCUUCUCUCGGGAUCCUCAUCUGGUGUAGCAUCAUCAAUUAAGAUAGCAGAGUCUAGACCCACCACAGCACAUUCUGGACAAUCAAGAGGAGUAUCUCUUGGUCCAUCACAGGCUGUUACAUCAAGUGUAUCUCUUGGUCAAGAAUUGUAUGAGAAGCGUCCAACCACAGCCAUGUCAACUCAGAGCAGCCAACUGAAGUUCACCAAGUUCCAGCUCCCAAUGAGAGGACACAGUGCUCCUGUGAGACGAAACAAGACAGCUGAUGAUGCUGUCUCACUGUCAGAAGCUAAGUCCCUUCUGCGCUCUCAGCAGAGGAUCACUAAUGAGGGUGUGAAACGUGAUCGCCUUCUUCUGACUUGGGGCAACAUAGAGGAAAGUAAAAAGAACAAUGAAGUAGUGAACAAUACCCUUGCCAAUGCACUUCACAUUGAUUAUGUAGGCUAUGCAGCCCCAAGCAAGUCCUCUAAUUUAUCAUCAAACUCCUCAAGGAUGUCUACUAUAUCAAGAGUUUCAUCAAGGAAAGGCGCGAUUCCCAAGACUCCAACAGCCCCUAUCUCAAAAGAAAUCAUUGUUAAGACUCUUGAACAUGUUGAACAGGAUGUCAAGCCACAAAAGAGCAUUCAUCCAAAGACCACUGUUUCUACGGUUCCUAAAGCAAACUUGAUCAGACCACAGACUGCACAGGUUCUAGAGAGAACAGAGUUGAGACAGCCUGCAAACAUGCACACCAAUAACAAAACCCCUGAUCGUCGAUGCCAGAGUGCAUCAAUGUUGAGGACAUCCAUGUUAUCUCCUACUUCCCAGUUUGAAGUGAGUCACAUGGUCAGUCCUGUACGAAAGAAGAAAAGCCACGGUUGGACAACAUCCCACACAGAACCAGUGACCAUUGUACCUAUGCUGAUAGGGAAAGGUAGUAGUGGUAUCUCUUCGGAGACAAAGAAAUCCGAGUCCCAUCAGAAGCCAUCGACCACAUCAAGACUGAGCAUGAUCCAGAAGCCGGUCCAGGAUCCCUUGACCAACCACGGGGAGUUUCAGGUCCGGACCAGACAGCAGACCCAGGAUUAUCUCCAGUAUGUGACUGGGAUCCAGGAGAAAUACUUCCAGGAGCAGAGUGAAGAGGAGAAGAUGAAACAGAGAAAGAUGUGGCUCCAGGUAGCAAGAGGUAAGAGGUCAAGCAGUGUACCUCCAAGGAGAGCUCCUCAAAGAAAAUGAUAUAAUAUACAAAUAAUGACCACUCAUGAGGAUGAUGGUGGAAAUUAUCACUCCCAAGGUGGUGUUUAUACCGGCCCUUCUAUCACCCCUGAGGCGAAACAUCCGAUUACAGAGCAGUCCAUAUUUGUUUUAUAAUUUAUAUACCUCAUCCUUUUCAUUGAUUCAUGAAUAGGUCUAGAAAAGAAAUCCAACAUCAAGAGUCUAUUUGCUCCUCACAAUAACAUAUUUACAGUCUUUCGAACUUCAAAACAGUUUCAAAUAUCCAACGCUAAAAUAAAUCCAACAUACAGAAUUCCAAUCUAUACAGGUACUGCAGUAGGGUAGUACAGUUACUGCGGCUCACCGUAAAUUGCACAGCAUGAGCACCAUGACACUGUGGGAAUCGCCCGGUGAGGCAUUUGUAAUCCUGUGCGCUCUCCGUGUGUGCGAAAGCCGCGAAGGGUUACUCGUUCUAUCACAGGGUUUUGGCGUUCUAUCAUUUGACCUCAGGUCAAUUGAUAGAAUGCCAAAACCCUCUGACGCAAUGAUAGAUCGAGAUGCGCCUUUUCAUGUGAUAAAGUUUUGACCAAUUAGUGAUUUAAGAAUCUAUGUAUAUCAGGUAUAUAAUAAGAGAGGUUGACUACAUUUCAUAGAGGAUAUUGUUGCAGAGAGCCAGAAAGGCAUGAAAUCUCUGUUAGAAGAUCAAGUUAACCCACUUUUGGCUCAAAGCAGACAGUACCAAAAUGGCCAAGUACAGCUUAUGGGUUGCCAUAGAUGUACAGUGUACAGAGAGGAUAAAAAAAUGUGCUCAUCCUAGGUUUAGCUGUAAUUGAUGCUUGAUGUGAACUUUCAUUGAGACAUGUGCUGAAUAUACUAUGUAAGUAUCUAUUGAAAUAAAAGUACUGGUAGUGGGUCACGUCUUCAACGUAUUUGUUGGACUGAUUUUUUUUUUUUUCUUCACCAAGUGCAAUAUAUUAUGAUUGAUAAUUAUGCCAUUGUUAAUGGCUACUAUUGUACUGUUUGAUUUUCUUUUUCAAUAUGCUUUUGUUUUUGUUUGAAAAUAUAGUUUACAAAUGAAUGUACAGGUAUAUUAUAUUACAUGUACUUAUAAUGUAAAUAUGAUUGACAUACAUUGUAUAUAUGUACUGUGUUGGAUAGGCCGGUUGUUAUUUGAUUAAUGCUGUAAAUAUAGAAAUUGAUGCAAGUUAAUGUACUAAUAAUGUCAGCUGUCAUUCCUAUUCAGGACUGUGCAAAGACUAUUUUACAGUAUUCUUUAUCUUUCAAUCAUAUAAUUUAAUUCAUUUCUCAUCAAAAUCAUUUUUGUAUACCCCCCGGUAUGUCAAUGUAGAUGAAAUAUUAUUCAUUGAUCUGUGCCUUUUUAUAAUGUCCUUUUUUUCAUACAUAAUCAGGAAAUAUCUUUCAGAAGUCAAAUUCUGACAUUAAUGGUUCAUUAUCUUUGCAGUUACUUGUAUUAAAGUGUGUAAACUUUUUGCAUUGAUGAUGCAGUGACAAGAAGCUACAUUCUACAUUACUCAAAAGAUAAUUACCUCCUCUUUGGUGGACAUUCAAUGUACAUACAUGCUUGGAUAUGUUUUGCAAUCUUUUUUGAAGCUAAACUUAAUUUCAGCGAUGGAACUGCAUUUUGAAAGCACAGCUGGCCGAAAUCAAUUUUGGAUUGUAAAUCAUGUUGUAGAUAUCAUUUGUGUGGAUGAGCAAAAUGUAAGAUGUCAGUGGAUGUUUUUUUGCCCUUUUUUUCUAUAGUCAAAUGCUAUACAUGUACGAUUGGUUACUGAAACGUUUUUUUUUCUUCUAUCGCAAUCCAUUCCAACUAUGUAAGAGCUCUGUGUGUGUGACAUCUGGUUUAAUAAUCUGAGGUUCUGAUCCGUUUGAACUCAUGCAAUUUCCUUUUGCUUCCAAAGCAAUGUAUGCACAUAAUUCUAUCAGUAUUACUUUUCAACAUUAGUUUAGGUUUUUUAUGAAUAUUUGAUGACUUAUUUCAAAAUGAUUCAUACAAUACUGCAGUUCAUUUAUGCACACUGUGGGGCAUUUUCAGACUGACUUGUGGUUUCGAAGAGCUUUAUAUAAUUGAAUUAUUUUCAGUAUGUUAGAUCAUUUUGUUCAUUUGCUACUCAUUUGUUUAGACCCGUAAUUAUGUAUUCAGUUGUGUGAAUGGCAAUUUGGCAUUACUACUAAUAAUGUUUUAAUUUUACCAUUUGACUUUGUUAUUUUCAAUCGAGUGAUCUUCGAAAUACAACAACAAAUUUCAAGAUAACCAACCUCUGUGCUUCUAAUGGUAAUGUGUCUAACCAUAUUCAUGCUCAAUUGUUUUAAUAUACACCUAUUAGCAGAAGAUAUCGAGUGUUAUACCAAGUGUGCCACUUUUUUAAAGUUGAUUUUGAUAAAUAAUAAUAAUAAUAGGCAUUUGUAUAGCGCCGUCUAUCUAGACAAUUCUAUUCCGAGGCGCGCAAAAAAAAAAAAAAAGAAUGAGAGAGUUUGGAUGAGUGUCAUGGUACCAAGUACAGGUAUUGUUAAAAAAGACAAGAUUUCAGCUCGGAUUUAAAGGUCUCUAAGGAAGUUAUGAUUGAAUAUGUGUGAAUUUUAUAGAGGCUUGAUUGGACAAUAAAACUCUGCUUGAAUAAAACGCUGGGACUGGAUACGAGUGCUGUGAGUAUGGCGGUAUAGCCUUGUUAGUUUUGAACAGAAGGAUUUUGCUGCAGGGAUUUUGCAAAGUAUCGGUACUUUGUUUUGUUAUUUUUUGCUCUGUUCUGUAGCCUAUUACUUUGUUGUUGUUGUAUAUUUCUUUCUGAAUGUUCAUUUUGUUAUAGAGUCUAUAUAAGUGAAUGUAAUGUGUUAAUAUUUGCUAAUUCUUUGUAUAUUGUGCAUUUCCCCGCUUAUCUGUAGUACUGUAUCUCAAUAAUAAUCUCCAUAUUUGCAAUUAUAAUUAUCUAUUAAAAUUCCACACUACUAUGUCAAGUGUAUAGAAACCUUUUUAGUAUAAUGCACUAUAUCAGAAUUGACUUAUUAUUAUUAUUAUCAUUAUGAGACAAUAUAUCUGUAAAUUUUCACACACAUACAUAAUCGCAACAAUACUGGUAAGGCAGAGAGCAUAUCUCCUUGUAAUGGAAAUAUUAAUAUUUUAUCAGGGGAUGAAUUAUCUAAACAUAUUUUGCUCUCUGUUUUCUUUAUCAAAUUCAGUUGAAAUUGGCAAAUAAUCAGGAACUUGCUAUAGAUGAAUAACUUAUUUUAGAUUACCCUUUACAGUUACCAGUUUGUCUUUAUUAUGAUAAAUCUUGUGCUUUUUGUUAGAUUUUCAAGGCUAUAGGGAAACUCAGUUUUUCUGUCUGCCCAAUCUUUGCAGGACAACGGUAGAAAUGAAGGAGCCUCGAUUAAGGCUACAUACAUAAACCAUAACUCCAUCAUUUCCUUUCAUGUGGCUAAAUAUCCCCUUUCAAGGAAAUCCUCUGACAUUCAAUUUACCAGUCCAAAAGAAAAUUUGUCAUGUAUAUAUAGUCACAGAAAAAAGAAGAAAAAAUGUACAUGUGCAUUGAAACAUACAACAUAAAACGAGUGAAACAUAUAUAGCACUUAAACAUUAUAUUCAAGUUUGUUCAUAACUCCAGAUUAAUUACCAACACAAUAUUACAUUGUAAUUAUUAUUAUUAAUAUUAAUAUUAUUUUUUUUAGUAUUAAUAUUAUUAGUUUGACUCAUUGUCUCAUCAUAGUAAAAUAUUGUUAGGCUACAGACAAGAGGGACCAAAGAAAACAUGAUUUUACCAAACUCUCAACCUCUACCAAGAAUGUACACUUAUUACUCGUAAUUCAAUAAACUAAAAAAUGAAUGUUGAACAUUUUUACCUUGUACAGUAUUGAAUCAAGCACUCAUGAUUGAUGAGUGCAUUGUGUUCAUGUUGGUUGUGUAAACAUUAGAUCAGUAGAGUAAAUCACAUUUGCUAAAAGAAUAUUGUUUGUCAUCACUGCAUCUAAAAAUAAAGAUUAUUUUAUAACUGAAA